UCGUGAGUCGGUUCUUCAGAUUCGUUUGCGGGAGUGGUUCAAAACAAACGAUACUGUCGCGUGUGACCGAAAGCGAAAGUGUUUUUGUAAAUUCGGGGCUCAAAAACAAAGGUUUCCGCACGGAUCAGUAAACUAGACAUCAUGAAUGAGCCAGAGAAGGAGGAGCCUCAGUGCUCCCAGAGUACCGAGACUGAAGCGGUCCAGACUGAGGCAGGAAAACGGAUUAGUCAUAAGCGGAAGUCUUCUUCCCCUAGUCAAGUUUCAAUGAAGAGUGAUGAUUCAAUGAUGCAACCAAUUCAUUUCCCUUCAAGCAAAAGGAGGUCUGCUUCGCCUAGUCGUAUUUCACUGAAGAGUGAUGAUUCAAUGAUGCAACCAAUUCAUUUCCCUUCAAGCAAAAGGAGGUCUGCUUCGCCUAGUCGUAUUUCACUGAAGAGUGAUGAUUCAAUGAUGCAACCAAUUCAUUUCAGAAAAAGAGUUCAAAAAUCUUCACCAACACCAGACCAUCUCUCAGUGAAGAGCGAAGACUCGAUGAUACAACCAAUAUACUUCAGACCUGAAGAACAGCAAAAAUAUAUAAGUGAGCUGUUUGAUGAGGUUUUGAAGUGCUCAGUUUGUACCGAGUUCUUAAAGGACCCGGUCUCUCCAUCUUGUGGACACAAAUACUGCAGAUCAUGCAUCACCAAGUAUCAGGCCCAGUCUGAACAUGGACAAAGUGCUUGCCCAAAGUGUGGAAAAAUAUCAGGCUCUUGUUCUGUCCUACACACAAACAUCCAUGCAACAGAGUUGGUAGAGAAAUUCAAGCCAGCUCCGCAUAGUUCGGCUGAAGUUAUGGAGACUGAGGAUGUAGAACCAAGACUCUGUCAGAAGCACUACAAAGCCCUGGUUAUGUUCUGCAAAAGUGACCAUUCAACCAUUUGUAAGGAGUGUGCUGUCAAUGAACACAGUGAACAUGACAAACAAUACAUCAAGCUCUCAACAAUUCCCAAUACUCUGAAUACGUUGCACAAUUUCCUUGGUAACAUGACAGUCUCAGAAUUUCGGGAGUUUAAGAGAAAUUUGCGUUAUGAAUAUCCAGAAUGCUUUGAGACACUGCAAGUUCAUUGUAGCAUUCAAGAUGUUGCUGAAAGGAUGAUGGGAAGUUUCUCUGAAGAUGACAUUCUAAAAGUCACGUUUCAGUUGGCAUCAGUCAAACCAAUAUCCAAAUGUCAAGAAAAAAUAAAGGAAAAACUUCGAAGGAAAUUCCGACAUAUUCACGAAGGACUUGCAAUACCGAGGACACAAGUUGUGUUGCAUGACAUUUACACAGAGCUCUACCUCACCGAGGGCGGAAGUGACGCAGUCCAUGAAGAACAUGAAGUGAGAUUAAUUGAGAAAGCUGGCAAAAACAUUAGCAUGCAAGAAACUCCUGUUAACAUAACGGACAUUUUUAAGGCACUGGGUAAUGGUAUCAGAACCGUUUUAACCAAAGGUAUUGCUGGGAUUGGAAAAACAGUGUCUGUUCAGAAGUUCAUGCUAGACUGGGCAGAACAUACUGCCAAUCAAGACAUUGACCUCAUACUUCCUGUGUUUUUUCGUGAUCUCAACCUCGAGAAGGAAGCCUGCAGUCUGAUGGCGCUUUUGCGGAGAUUUUAUCCCGAGCUCAAAGACAUUGAAAGUAUUGAGAAUGGCAUUCAUAUUUUGGUGGUUUUGGAUGGUCUGGAUGAAUGUAGACUUACCUUAGAUUUUCAAAACACCAGGACAUGCAGUGAUAUAAUGGAGGCAACGUCUAUGGAUGUCCUUCUGGUAAAUCUAAUAAAAGGUAAUCUACUGCCCAACUCUCUCCUGUGGAUCACCUCUCGUCCGGCCGCAACCAAUCAGAUACCCACCGAGUGCGUACAGCGGGUCACUGAAGUUCGAGGCUUUAACGACCCACAAAAAGAAGAGUACUUUCACAAGAAGUGUAAGGACGCUCAUCUGGCCAACACAAUAAUUAAGCAUGUGAAGUCAUCUCGCAGCAUGCACAUCAUGUGCCACAUCCCGAUCUUCUGCUUUAUUACAGCAACCGUCCUGGACAUACUACUAAGAGACAACGACAUUGGUGAAGUUCCAAAAACUCAGACUCAGUUAUACAUUCAUUAUCUACUCAUACAGACUGGUUUGAGAAACAGUAAGUUCCAGAAAGCCAUUAAGGAAGAUCCGCGCGAUUUAACGCAAAGUGACAAAAAAAUGAUUUUAAACAUGGCCAAAUUAGCUUUCUUGGGAAUGAAGAAGAACACUCUGAUCUUCUACGAAGAUGACCUGAAGGAAUGCGGGAUUCACAUCGAAGAAGCGGCCGAGUUCUCGGCUCUGUGCACGCAGUUGUUCAGAGAAGAGUUUGGAUUGUACAGAAAGCGAGUCUUCUGCUUCCUACACCUGAGCGUACAGGAGCAUUUGGCUGCCAUUCAUGUUCUGUGGCAAUUUUUGAACGAGGGCAUAAACGUUCUUGAUUCACACGGCAGGGAUUCCACAACGACACUGACAGACAUAUACAGGAGCGCAGUGGUCAAGGCUUUAGAAAACAAGCUUGGGCAUUUUGACCAGUUCCUACGAUUCCUUUUGGGUCUUUCUACCGAGUGUAGCAGGAAGCUUCUACAUAGUCUCUUGCCUCAAUUGGAGAAAGAGACCAUUCAAAAUGGUGAAAUCGUCCAAUUCAUUAAAGAUAAGAUCAGUGAGGAAGACAGAACAGAGACGGAGACAAUUAACCUUUUCCACUGCUUGAACGAAAUCGGUCACAAUUGUUUGGUGAAGGAUAUCCAGGAGAGUUUGGAUUCUGGUACACUUUGCAAUAAGAAAUUAAAUCCAGAGCAAUGUUCAGCCCUGGCCUUUGUGUUACUGAUGUCAGAGGAUGUAUUGGAAGUCUUUGACCUAAGGACAUAUAAGACAACACAAGCAUCCAGUCGUCAGAGAUUACUUCCUAUCGUCAGGGCAUCGAAGAAAGCCAUACUCAGUGACUGUGCACUGUCAGAAAAAGCUUGUGAGCCUGUGGCAUCUGCACUCCGUAUAGCAAAUUCGCCUGUAAGAGAGCUGGAUCUGAGCUGCAACAACAUAAAAGAUGCAGGAUUGGUGGAUCUCUGCAAAGGGCUGAAAAGCCCACACUGUCAACUUGAGAUAUUGAGACUGGCAGACUGCGGUAUUACAGACAAGUCCUGUGGAAAUUUAGCGUCUGCACUCGAGAGCGUCGAGUCCAAACUUAAAGAGUUAGACCUCUCUUCAAACAAACUGACUGACGCAGGGGUGAAGAUGCUGGAAGACUGGCUCAAAAGUGAAAAGUGUAAAGUGCAAAUACUGAGGCUAAAUCAAUGCCACCUUACAAAAAGUUAUUGCAAGCACCUAGCAGAAGAGUUGACUUCAUUUUCCACAAAGGAAAUGGAUCUGAAUCUGACAGGAAAUGGAUUGAAUCUGACAGGAAAUGACCUGAAGGAUUAGAAAGGAUUACGCAUGACGCACGUGUAGCCGAACCUGUGUGACAUAUGAUAUGCUCGUAUACCAUCCAUCUGUCACAGUCUGGGUAGGAGGGAGACAGACCCAUACGCAGGAUAGCUUCAAAUGACAGGGGUUUAAUAAACAACUAGAUUUAUAAAGUUCGUCGCAACAAACUUUGAUGUUGGCUUUGACGAUGCAAGUAUUUGCAAAGGCUGGUGGUUUUUGGAGGCGAGUGGACAUACAGUAAGGGGCAGUGUUACUUUUGGAGGCAAGGGGACAGAAAGCUAGGGUGGCAAAACAUUUGGAGGUAAGUGGAGACGAGCAUGUGAUGUCAUCCGAAUAAUCUUGAGGGAGUUCCCCACACUGAGUAUUUUGAUAUAUCACAUGCCCAUGUUGUGCAAAAUUUUUAUUUUCACGUGACGUCACGUAAUGUCACGUGAAAAUAAAAAUUUUGCACAUAAAAUGUAAAAUGUCAUCAAAUUACACGUGAGGAAAUUCCCCUCAUUGUUCUGAGUGUUUUGAUAUGUCACAUGUCCAUGUUGUAAAAAGUUUUUUGAUUUUGCAUAUAUUGGGGGCGGAGCUGCGGGACAACCGAAAGGCCAUUCGGUACACCAAUUUAAAACUUUGUUCAGAGUCUCACCCUAAAGGAGCUGGUCGAGUUUGGUGUAGAUAGUUCAAAAGCUUGUCGAGUUAUAAACCUCCAAAGUUUAUAAUGGGAGUCUAUGGGAAAAAAGGACACUUUGAGACCCGGUACCGGAAGUACCGGUACUCGGAUCGCUUAGAAAAGUAAUAGCAACAAACUUCAGACCAGCGUCUACAACAUAUCCGAAUUUGGUCCAUGUUACUCGAAAGCUCUAGGAGGAGUUACUCUUGAUACAUUUUUGUCUAAGCUUAAAUAGGAAAACAGAAUGUUGGCUUCUACAAAGUGACAUAACUAGGAACAGGUGUGGAGACAUGGAGGAACAGACGAAGGCGGGGCAGACACGUGCACAUGGCCAGAAGUCCGGGCUGAUCCCUGACACCAUCUAUCUAUCCAUCCAUCCAUCCAUCCAUCCAUCCAUCCAUUUUCUAUACUGCUAAUCCUACACAGGUUCAUAAGGAGCCUGGAUCAUAAUACAUAUACCAACUAAAUGCAAAUAUAUUCUUAAGACACAUACAGUAGGUGGAGUAUUGUUUUUGCAUUAUUUGUUCAUUGCGAUACCAUGAUGUUAAGUCAAGGUGUGUUAGCAGAAGGAUUUUCAUUUAGCAUUUUUAGGAUCAGAUUUUUUUAUUUUAUGUUGCAGUUCAGAAUCAAGUAUAGUAUAGGAUAAAGUAGUAAGUGACGCAAUACCUGGGGGGAUGAAGAGUGUCUGAUGUACAUAAUCCACAGGAAAUAUCAAAUCAUGCAAAUCUAAAAGCUCCAAGAAGACUUUUCCUUUAAUUUGUCACUAUCUGUAUGUAUGUAUUUAUUUAUUGUAUGCAUGUACUUACGGAAAAUCUUAUUGUCUAAUAAAUACACUACAUUAA